GACUGUAUUAUCAUCAUCACCGUCAUAGCACUCGUCUCUCAUUACAACAGUACCAACAAGACUCGACAGCGCACGAUGAGCCCUGGUGAAGGCAGUAUUGAGUCCAGUUACGAAGGUGCAUGCGAUGCCACGAGGCGCAAGAGCUCAACCCGCCUGACUGUCUUGGUGGAAAGAGAUGAGUUGUCACGAAAGCGCGAAAGCUCGAAAGUGGGAGCAGACGACGCAUUCAUGCCAAGCCUUGUCCAGCGGAUGGUUUCUUCAUCUCCCCCAACCUACCUCAAGACGCCAACAUGGCGACAACCGCCGGUUCAAUCACCAAAAUACAAAUUUGAGUAUGUGCAGAGUUACCAAGAUGCCUACUCAUGCGGAUCCAUGCGGAUCCAUCCGCAUGAGUAG